GUUAUCUGUUUUCCAGGAUUUUCUUUUCCGUGGGGGGCGGAGAGCAUGAACUGAAUUAAUUGUAUUUUUUUUUUGGCUUGAUUAUACCAAGUCAAUUAAGAAUUGUGCCUCGUAAUUUUUGAAGUGCAUAAGUAACCAUGGAAGGGAGAUUGGGACUCUUGUUUCUUGUUGUAUUGGGUGCUGCCUGGGCUUGUGAUGCAAGAAAACUGGCUAACACUGAUCAAUUGAGCAAUACAGCAAACACUGGGAUUUAUGAACCAAGCAGAAAACCAGAUGUGUGUGUACUUUGUGAGGAAUAUACUGCCAAGGCAGUUGAUUAUCUAAAUGAAAACAAGACACAGCAAGAGAUCAUUGAUAUCCUGCACAAUACUUGCCACCAACUUGCCUCUUUUAAACAGAAGUGCAUAGCUUUGGUGGACUAUUAUGCUCCCCUUUUCUUCUUAGAAUUAGCUACAAUUCAGCCUGGAGAGUUCUGCCACAAGGUGAAUCUCUGUCAGCACGUUACAUAUAUUUCCUUGCAAGUUCAAGAAGAUAGCUGUGAGUUUUGCCAAGAUACUGUUUCAACUUUGCUGGCUAAGUUGAAAGAUAGAGACACUAGGCUAGAGAUAAUUGAGACAUUACUGAAGGUGUGCAAUUCAGUGGAGAAGUAUGCGAAUAAGUGCAAGAGGAUGGUUUUCGAGUAUGGACCCUUGGUGUUUAACCAUGCUGAAAAAUUCCUGGAGAAGACAGAUAUAUGCACUGCUAUACAUGCAUGCAAAUCUUCAACAGUGACUGCCCAGCAAGCCUUUCUUUCAGACUCUUAAUUAUAGAAACAAAUCUCUAGCACUAGCAGAUAUGUGUUUUACUUGUUGCUGAAAGCUUUCCAUUUAUGCAAUAUAAUAAUCAAAUCUGAUACAUUAUAAAUGUAAAGUUUUUAUUAUUAAAAAAGUUGAGACUUCCUGUGUAGUGGUGGUUGUGAUACUUUUUAAUUAUUGACAAUACAUUAUUGGAUGUUUACGGGCAGUUUUCAAAAGAAAAUCCGUAUAUAUUUUACGGUAUA